CUCCACACUAACCUGUGUCGCUUCUCCCCUUUGCUGCUGCUACGCCCUGAACCAAGAAGAGGAAGACUGGCAAGAGGACGAAGACGAGCAAGAAGAUGCAGUGGAGGAGGAGGCUGAGGCUGAGGAGGAGACAGAAGAGCCCAAGGCAGAAGAGGAUGGCCUAGACGAGGAUGCCAGAGAGGCUGAAGAUGGCCCAGUGGAGGAGUCCAAACCCAAGCCUAGGUUGUUCAUGCCUAACUUGGUGCCACCUAAGAUCCCUGAUGGAGAGAGAGUGGACUUCGAUGACAUCCACCGCAAGCGCAUGGAGAAGGACUUGAAUGAAUUGCAGACGCUAAUUGAGGCUCACUUUGAGAAUAGGAAGAAGGAAGAGGAGGAGCUCGUUUCUCUCAAGGACAGAAUCGAGAAGCGGAGGGCUGAGCGGGCUGAGCAGCAGCGUAUGCGCAAUGAACGAGAGAAGGAGCGACAGAACCGCCUGGCUGAAGAGAGGGCCCGGCGAGAGGAGGAGGAGAACAGGAGGAAGGCUGAGGAUGAGGCCCGGAAGAAGAAGGCUCUGUCCAAUAUGAUGCACUUUGGGGGAUACAUCCAGAAGCAAGCCCAGACAGAGCGGAAGAGUGGGAAGAGGCAGACCGAGCGGGAAAAGAAGAAGAAGAUUCUGGCUGAGAGGAGGAAGGUGCUGGCUAUUGACCACCUGAAUGAAGACCAGCUGAGGGAGAAGGCCAAGGAACUGUGGCAGAGUAUCUAUAACCUGGAGGCAGAAAAGUUUGACCUGCAGGAGAAGUUCAAGCAGCAGAAAUACGAAAUCAAUGUUCUCCGAAACAGGAUCAAUGACAACCAGAAAGUCUCCAAGACCCGUGGGAAGGCCAAAGUUACUGGGCGCUGGAAGUAG